AUGAAAGAAAACAGACUAAAAGGAAAUGCAGCAUUCUCUGAUAUAGAAACUGACUGUUUUGUAACAAAGCAAAAAUGUAAGGAUCAGCAUUAUUGUUUUGUUCUGUAUAAGAAUUUCAAACAACAGUGUAAUGCAACAGAAGAACACUGCAGUCUUCAAGACACGGGAUUACAAUGUCUGUCAGCAUGGCGUGAGCUACAAAAUGAAUGCAGAUGCCCAAACUUGAACAGAAAAAGAUGUGGGAAAGUCUGGAAGGAUGCUGCCAAUAUCAGCUGUAUACAGGCUGCACAGAAAAUUGAGGCUUCAGUUUCUGAUGAUGAUUAUAAUGAAAACAACAAAGAAAAAAAUAAUGAAUACAAAGGCGCACAGUCCUGUUUGGAUAUGACUACCCUGUGCAUUAGUGAUGCAGUGUGUAAUCGCCAUUUGGCACCCCUAGUAAAAGCUUGUGCAGAAACUGAAAAUCGAUGUAAUGUCAAGAAAUGCCAAGCUGCCACACAGUUAUUUUAUGAUUCUGCACCACUAAAUGUUGCUCAGAUGUUAGUUUUCUGUGACUGCAAUCCAUCAGACACUUUGUGCCACCAAGCAAAGGAAGCUCUUCACAACCAGGCAUGUGUGAUCAAUGCAAACCCAACCCCAACAUGCCUAGAAGUAAUUCACAACUGUCAAGAUAAUGACAUAUGCAGACAAAGAUACAAUGCAUUUCAGUCCAAGUGCUGGGGACACGUCACACGGAUGUGCCAUGAUGAUGAAGUUUGUCUGCUGACCAUCAAUAAGAGAGACCUAAUUUGCUCUAAUGAUGACGAAUGCAAAGCUGCAUAUAUUCGAACUCGUGGUACAGUUCUUCAAUCAGACUGCACCUGUAGAACAGUUAAACCAUCAGAACAAGCAUUAUGCAAUAUAUUCUAUCAUUUGCUUCACAACAUGUCCACAUUAACCCUACAAGUUACCCUCUUUCUUUCUGAAGCAACUGGUAACCAAGUCCGUGUGAUUGUCUAA